CAAUAUAAUGAAAGGCUGUACGAUCGGAAUUAUAAUAUCAUUCAUCACACGAAUUAAUUGUCUUAACUUUAGUAAUAUUACGGAACAAUUUAUUAGAGUCGCAGUAAUAUCCAGACUCCAAACAAAAUUUAAUUGUUACAAAUUGAAAAAUAUUAACCGUACAUGUGUCGACUCUGUAGUAACAUAUUAUUAUCAAAUCGGUAUUGCUACAAUUGAAUCAUCGGUCUUAAUCGAUUUAAUACUCAUGAUAAUGAAAGAAUGGUUAAUAAAUGAGUUCCGAACUAUAGGAUUUAGUAACGUUUCGUGUGACCGUACAGAUAUCAACAAAAUAUUGGGAUUUUCUAUUACUGUUUCUAUUCAGGAAAAUAAAUACACAUUCGAAUAUGUUGAUUAUCUGAUCGAGAACUUUCUGAGAUCGUUUCGCAUCAAGUUACCACAAUUCUUAGAAGGCAAAUUAGAUCAUGUCAAAGAAAGUCUGAGAAUUUUAAAGCAACCUGAUGAUGCAAAGAUUUUAAAAAACGAAGUAAACAGAAACUGGAGUGAGAUCACGAAGCAGCAAUAUGUAUUUCACAGAUAUGAAAGUGAAGCGCUUGCAAUAGAGAACAUAAAUAUGAAUAGUCUGAUGAAAUUUUUGAAAGAGUACACAUAUCAAUCUUUAACAAAAAAAUUGCGCAUAUAUGUUGAAGGAACUCCAAAGGAAAUUGCAUUAAAUACAGAGUCUCAUAAAAAAGAUAUGUACUCUUUUUCGGACUGUAUAAUCGACAAUUUCCAGACUAUUAAAAUAUCGCAAUAUUACAAGCACUGAACGUAGAUGAUUCCAAAAAGUUAUGUAGUAUGUAUGUAUAUACUGAGUGAAUCAUAGUCGUUGUACCAACUUUUUACCCUAUGUGAGAAAAUUAUCGACUUCAUAUCUAAUUGAAUUAUAACGUGCGUGCAGUCGAUAAUUUUCUUAUAGAGUAAGAAGUUGGUUCAACGAUUCUGAUUCACCCUGUAUAAUGAGCAGAUUAAUUCUGUUAUUCUUAAAGC